ACUGCUUCAUCUUCCACUCAGAGAAAACCUGCAGCUCAGACGCUCCUGGAUCGGGAUAGAUAAUAUAUCAGAAGAUAUACAAGUCAAGUUACGUCUUAUACAUAUUAAACCCUGCGACAUGGAUCCAAUGUAUUUCCCGUUCUUUUAAAAAUAAAGUUCAGAGCAGAAAACUACUGACUGGACUCUUUAAUGUCAUGUGGAAAUAUUACAGAAACGGAGUUGUGCCGAAAAGAAAUAAGCAGAAAUCGGACAAUGAAGUUGUUAACCUUCCUCCCAUUCCCAACGGGAUUACCACAAAGCUGGCACCGGAUCAACAAAGCAACAUCCAGAGCACAGCACAGAGGCUGCAGGAGCUUUUCUUCUCCUCUCAGGCUCUGAAGGAGCACGGCCUCCAAGAUAAAGCCAUCCGGAAGAAGAAAUCCACUUUUGGCCACCAGGUCGUUCCUUUGUCCAGAGUGAGUGUGGAAACGGAGCUGGAAAUCACAGCUCACCUUAAAUAUCGUUUGCAUCAGCGCCACUCGUUCACUCCGAAUUCAUCACUUGAGGACAAAGCUGUAGUGUUUCAGAAAACAAAAACAGCUUUAUUCAAGGAGCAGGUUUCAUCGAACACUCCUCACCUCCUGCAGAGCAUUGUGCCUCUAGAGAAGAAAGAGGAGGAAGAGGAGGAAGAAGAAAAGAAAGCAGAACUAGUGCUCCUUCAAAAUGCAUCUUCAUGUACGGAUGAGGCUCCUGAGGGCCAGGGCUCUCUGUCUGAGGGCCCGUUCAGAGAUGCUGAUGCUAAAAACAAACAGAGAUCGCAUGAAAGAGACACAAAACAGCAACAUCAUUCCUUCCUAGACACUCAAAAUGAUGACGACGUGAAUUAUAAACAGAGGAGAUUUAUGAUCUAUCUUUGUGGUGGAUACAAAGAUACAAUUCCCGAGCGCUGUGCACUGAUGGAGAGUGUGUAUCCGCGACUGUAUCUCCACUGUAAGCAGAGAGGAUAUGAUUUCAAGAUGAUUGACUUGCGGGCUGGAGUCGGAGAUCCUGAUUCAGACCGUCAUGAUCUGGCAGAGAUGCACAUAGAGACACUCAGACGAUGUCAGGACACUGAGGGACCAAACUUUUUUGUGUUCACUGGACAGAAGCAUGAAAUACUCUCGCUGCCAAAUACUAUUCCCCAAGCACAUUUUGAAGCAGUUCUAAAACUAAUGGAGAAAAACAAGAAGAAACUCUACAGGAGACAGUCAGACAUGGCGGUGGAGUCGCAGUCCUGUAUUAUUCCCGCUGACCACAACAGGAGUUUUGUGCUGGAAAGGGAAACCAAUUUAUCAGAGGAGAAGGAGCUUUCGGAGAGUUCAGCCGUCCUGAGUGAGAACUCGGUGUCCAGCAGUUCAGUGUCAGAUAGAGAAGAGACUCCACUGGCUCCGAGCUGGAUGGAUUAUGAUCAAGAGCUGACUCUCUUACAGACCUGGUAUAAGCUGGACACAAACACAGUUCCUGCUGUUUACCGCUUACUUCCUGUCAGUUCAAAUUACCCAGAUUUCCUCAGUCGGGAUGGGCACCGCAGGAAGUUGGGACGGAAGGCGUGGCGCUCGUCCUGUGUGAAGCUGUGGAGCGUGCUGUGGCGAUCUGGACCGGAGGCCAUCGGAGAAGAGGCCACUUGCCGUCUGCUGAGAACAGGCAUGUGAUUUGCUGACAUAGUGAGACACCCUUGAAAAUAUACAUUAUUGCAGAUUGCCUAGUCGCCAGUCCAUCCACAUGUGCAGUAGCUGCAGGAGUAGGGAUGCAACGAUUAUAGAUUUUGAUAUAGUCUGAGGAAUAAUCAUGGUUUCACGGUUAU